CCUCUCCUUCAGAGCCUACAUCGUGACCUCCUUCAGAGCCUACAUCUUGACCUCUUUGUCCCCCUAGCGGCGGUCAGCGCCCUGGCCAAGUUUGGAGCCCAGAAUGACGACCUGCUGCCCAGUGUCCUGGUGCUCAUGCAGAGGUGUAUGAUGGACAGUGACGAUGAGGUGCGUGACAGAGCCACCUUCUACAUGAACGUCCUGCAGCAGAAGCAGAAGGCCCUGAACGCCGCCUACAUCUUCAACGGUCUGUCCGUGUCGGUCCCCGGGCUGGAGAAGUCUCUGCACCAGUACACGCUGGACCCCUCAGAGAGACCCUUCGACAUGAAGAGCGUCCCCCUGGCCACCACCCCCAUCUCAGAGCAGAAGUCAGACAUGGCGCCUAUAUCCACCAGCAAGAUGCCGGAGAAGAUGGCCCCCUCGCGCCAGGACAUCUACCAGGAGCAACUGGCGGCCAUCUUGGAGUUCCAGGGCCUGGGGCCGCUGUUCAAGUCGUCGGAGGCGGUGCAGCUGACGGAGGCGGAGACGGAGUACGUGGUGCGCUGCGUCAAGCACACCUUCGCCCAGCACAUGGUGUUCCAGUUCGACUGCACCAACACGCUCAACGACCAGCUGCUGCAGAAGGUGGUGGUGCAGAUGGAGCCCUCAGAGUCUUACGAGGUGCUGCACUACAUCCCGGCGGCCAACCUGCCCUACAGCCAGCCGGGCUCCUGCUACAGCCUGGUGCGGCUGCCUGAGGAGGACCCCACCGCCGUGUCGUGUACCUUCAGCUGCACCAUGAGGUACCUGGUGAGAGACUGCGACCCCAACACCGGUGACCCCGACGACGACGGCUACGAUGAUGAAUACGUGCUGGAGGACCUGGAGGUGACGGUCGCGGACCACAUCCAGAAGGUUCUGAAGCCUAACUUCGGUGCGGCCUGGGAGGAAGUAGGAGACGAGUUUGAGAAGGAGGAGACGUUCGCGCUGGCUUCAGUCCGCACUCUGGACGAGGCGGUCGGGAACAUCGUGAGCUUCCUGGGUAUGCAGCCGUGCGAGCGCUCGGACAAAGUCCCCGAGAACAAGAACUCCCACGUCCUCUUCCUCGCUGGUGUGUUCCGCGGGGGUCACGACCUGCUGGUGCGUGCCCGUCUGGCGCUGUCGGACGGCGUCACCAUGCAGGUGACGGUUCGCGGCGCAGACGAGACGCCCGUCGACGUGAUCCUGGCGUCGGUCGGCUAGACACCCCCCUCCCCCCCACACACACACGACCAAAUCCCCGCCAUCGCCCAGUUAUCUAUACCCCCCCCCCUUUUCAUAUCCACGUCGGCACUCUACACUUUGACGUCCUUGCGGCGGUCGACUCUGUGCAGUUAUGUUUCUGUUGUUGUGAUGCAGGAGUUAAUGAACGGAUUAGUAAAGAUUAAAUAAAGAACCUGUCAAUGAA